CGGACGGCGCGAUCGUUCGUUGGGUGUUCAUUGGAUGAAUUGGAUCCUGGAGUAUUGUGAUGUAACGCUAUGUACAUACGUACAAAACACUAUGCUGAGGCAUAUUGACGCCGGCGGGGUACGGGAGUAGCAGCGGCGGCGAACGCAGGUGAUCGCUACGGGCAUCAUGUGCGGAGCCUUGCGGCCGUAGUCGUGGAGUAUCUUCUGAGGGAAAUCGGCGAGCGUUUCUUCGCUCUUUUUCUCUCUCUUUCUCUCUCUCUCUCUGUCUCUCCUUCGGUGAUGCACCGCUACCGCGUGUUGUGCCGUUAUCGACGAUAGUGCAAUGAUGAGUACGACGAGGAUGAUGCCACGCGACAUUCGCCGACAGUGAACUCGGCAACGUGGACGACAGCAGCAACAGCAACACAACGACAACGACGACGACGACGACGACGACGACGACGACGACGACGACGACGACGAUGAUGAUGCCAGUGACGCCGCGAGUGCGGGAUCGUGUGCAACGUGAUACUCCUGUCGCAGUUUGAACAGCCGCACGCGAUCUACAUCGUGUGCGUCGUCUUCACGGUCUUCACGUUCGAACGGACUUCUCCGUGUUUUCUUCCGCUCCUCUGCGCGAUUGGGACGUCGUCGUUGAGACGCCGGACGAGGCGGUGAUCCCGGGCGCAAUGGCAGCUCACAAAACUGGUGGGCAGAGCGCUCGUAAGAAAGUACAGGUAUCUAUGGUGAUAAGAGACGAGGUGGAGAAGCAACACAGGGCUGGUGUUAAUUCCUUACAGUAUGACCCAGCUCUGCACAGGCUAUAUUCUGCUGGCAGAGACAGCAUUAUAAGGAUAUGGAAUUGCAGGACCAUGAAGGAGCCUUAUAUCCAAUCUAUGGAACAUCAUACGGAUUGGGUUAAUGAUAUAGUGCUAUGUUGUAAUGGCAAAAAUCUUAUAUCAGCAAGUUCCGACACCACUGUCAAAGUAUGGAAUGCGCAUAAAGGCUUCUGUAUGUCUACCCUGCGCACACACAAGGAUUAUGUCAAAGCAUUAGCAUAUGCCAAAGAUAGAGAGCAAGUUGCUAGUGCGGGUCUGGACAAGUCGAUAUUUCUCUGGGACGUUAACACAUUAACUGCUCUCACAGCGAGUAAUAAUACAGUCACAACGUCGUCUCUGAGUGGAAACAGAGACUCUAUAUACAGCCUUGCCAUGAAUCAGAUCGGCACGGUUGUUGUGAGCGGUAGCACGGAGAAAGUCCUUCGAGUGUGGGAUCCACGAUUUUGUACCAAACUCAUGAAACUUCGUGGUCACACAGACAAUAUUAAAGCGUUAGUCCUGAACAGAGAUGGGACGCAGUGCUUAUCAGCGAGUUCCGAUGGCACUAUUAAAUUGUGGUCGCUCGGCCAACAGAGAUGCGUGCAAACGUAUAGAGUUCACAAAGAAGGAGUUUGGGCAUUAUUGGCAACGGAUAAUUUUAGCCAUGUAAUAUCUGGAGGCAGGGAUAAGAGAGUAGUAAUAACAGAAUUAAGUUAUGCAGAGAGAUAUACAGUUAUUUGCGAGGAAAAGGCACCAAUACUCAAAAUGGCUAUGACGCCGGAUCAAUCUAGUAUUUGGGUUGCUACCAGCGAAUCAACCAUUAAUAAUUGGCCAGUAAGCCAAAAGGAUUGGCAAGAGUUAGGAAUUGGAGAUUAUUGCGAUUCCGCGAGUAAUAUUUUAAGGAACACCGAACCUGCACAGAAAAUAUUAGGUGGUCCUGCCAUAAGACAUUAUCACAUAUUGAAUGACAAAAGACACGUUUUAACAAAGGAUACAGAAGAGAAUGUUGCAUUAUAUGAUGUAUUAAAGGCGUGUAAAAUAGAAGAUUUAGGCAGAGUUGAUUUUGAGCAGGAGUGUAAAAAGAGAAACAAAAUGGUGUAUGUUCCAAAUUGGUUUAAUGUCGAUCUCAAAACAGGGAUGCUAACUAUACAUUUAGGACAAGAUGAAAACGAUUGCUUCUCUGCAUGGGUUUCCGCCAAAGAGACUGGUCUGGCGGAAAACGAUGCUGUAGAUCAAAAAGUGAAUUAUGGGAAUCUUCUGCUGCAAGCGUUACUCGAACAUUGGUGGAGACCGUUACACGCUGAUGACGAAAAUGAGGGUAACGGCAAUGAUGGAAACGCUCCUUUGCAGCACACUAGAGGAGGAAAUCCAUACUUUUCAGUACCUAGUCAUACACCUGUCACAUUCAGUGAAGUGGGAGGUAGAACUAUCUACAGACUAUUAGUUCGAGAUGCCGCGGGAGAAACUGAGGGCGUGUUAUUGAAUGAGACCGUACCUCCAUGGGUGGUGAAUAUCGUCGUGGACAAAAAUCUUCCGCAAUUCAUUAAAAUACCCUUCUAUCUUCUUCCACAUGCCUCUUCGGGUGUAAAAAGUUUGAAAAAGGAUCGUUUGAUAGCAAAUGAUUUUAUACAAGUACGUAAAGUGGCUGAGCAUGUUUAUGAUAAAGUGCUUGGUGCGGGAAGCGACUCAGGUUCAGUGACUGGUGGCGGAAAUACAGUUUCUAGCGGGUCUCCAGCAGGUGAUAGAACGAAUACAGACUCUAAUGCCGAUAAUUCUUCGCUGGCCGAGGAAAAAGUCGAACUCCUAUGUAACGAUCAGGUCUUGGAUCCUUCGAUGGAUCUGAGGACAGUCAGACAUUUCAUCUGGAAAAGUUCAGCGGAUUUAACACUUCAUUAUCGUCCCAUUAAAUAGUUAGAGUUAACUACAUUACAUGAACCUUUACAAUGUGUCUGGUUUUAUACCAUGAAUAGUAGAAAAUACAUGGGCUACUUGCAGAAUAUGGUACCUUGUGCCACAUUCUUCUUAGAAAAUGAUCACCUGGAUUUAACGAAUGUUUCAUGCGACGCUGAGGCGGAAGCGAAAGGAAGCGAAGCGUACUUGGAGUAUUAGAGAUUAAUGUAAAGCAAAGUUCUAAGGCAAUAAUGUGUGGAAGUAUUAAUGUAUAUUGCUCACUUUUAUACACUUGCAUCCUGCGGCCAAAUUCACACGACGGAGCAUUACUCUCGAUUAAUCCGCUUGAGAAUAUCAUGCUUUUUGUACCUGGAUAUAGAUUUUAAAGCUUGUUGUCAGCCAUAUAUCGUCUUCCCACUUCAAAAGUAUCAAUAAGAACGUAUGGCACAAAUACAAGAAAAAAAAGGGGAAUAGACCGCAUGGCCGAGAAAAUUGUUGGUUUCGUUAGGUCUAAUGGAUCCAGGUGAUCCUCACAAAUGCUUCUCAAAUUUUUCUUUAUUAAUUCUAUUUUAGCUAUUUCGUAUUCAGUACAUAAGAUCGUCUUCUUUUAGUAUUGUAAUAAAAUAUAUUGCAUAUUUAUUGAGGUUAUAAGAAAUUAUACAAUGGUUUUGUUAUAUACAUGCAUGCAAAAUGUGUACUCAACACCUGCCUCAUAUUAGAGAACGAGAAAAAGAAAUUAUCCAUCUAUCUGUGUAUAUAUAUAUAUAUAUAUAUAUAUAUAUAUAUAUAUAUAUAUAUGAAAAAAAGGGAAGAGAGAGAUAUGUCAAUUUACUAUUAAUCAAAUUAUAUUUGAAUAGCCAAAUUAGAAGUUCAAUAUUUCCUAUUGUUCAUAUAGGAAAUAAGAGAAAUCAUUUGUCUGCAAUGUAAUAAGGUCAAAUUCUGUCCUGAUCAAAACUAAUAAAAUAUAAAUAUGUGACAUGUAUCUAAAAUAUAUAAAUAAUGGGAUAUUUAAUUUUAAAAAUUAAAUUUUGUAAGAUUCUGUAUAAAAAUACCAUUGAUAAUAUAAUUGUCGCCACAUAUACAGUAUUCAUAACAGAAUUUGAUCUUUAAAAAGAUUUAUAAUGCAUAAAAAUUAUGUAGUUUUUUAAGUUAAUACUUGAUAUAUUUUAGAUUUUAAACUGUACAUAUACGAACACGACUGUGAAAAAAUGUAAUGUCCAUAAUAUACGCCGUAUGAAUAAAAAUUAAACAGAUCUUAUUGUGCAAACAACUCAAAGCCAAUAAUAUUUGCUAUUACUGUAAAGAGUUAAAUUGUCAAGAAAAAAAUUAUACUAAUUUUUAGUAUGUUUGUAAGAUACGAUAUUGUUUACGUUAAAAAGUUAUGUGUGUGAGAGCAAUCUUUUUAUAAAUGUAAAUAUUUUGUCACUUUACUGGAUAGUUGUAAGUUAUAAUUUUAUCUAUUAUCAAGCUUGGGUUUACCUUAGUUUGGUAAUGCCAAUGCUUUACAUACGUACAUUAGAAAGUAUUUGCUGUCACUUGUUUUCAUUUUCUAUUCCAAAUAUGUAUUAUUAAGACAGUACGAAAGAGAAAGAGAGAAACGUUUCUCUUGGCUGAAUGAAGAUAUAUGGAUGUAUGGUUGGUAAAAAUUGUAUCAUUCUAGUUAGGAAUGCUUUGUUAUCUUUACACGAGUUGUUUCGAAAGAAAUUGCGCAGUGAACUUAUAUUUUUUUAAAUUGUUAUUAAAUCUUAGAAUAAUUUCUUAAAUACCAAAUGUAAAUUAGAUCACGAUGUGUGAAAAUAUAAUUAUCUUGUAAACAUCUCGAUAUGAUGUAUAUCACAAGAAAUGCAAAUUGUAAAUUGCCUUUGAAUUUGAAAUUAUUUUAAUUAUUUAUUACAGUAAUAACUGACGUGUUUUUUUUUAACAUAAUGAUUAUCUAUAAACAACUCUAAUAUUGUUCAGUUGAUUACAUAAUUCUUUAACUAUGUACAUAUUAGUGUUCUCUAUACAGAUUUUUCGUAUCACAAUUAAUCAUUCUUUAUUUUUCUUUAAAUGUAUUCACUUUAGAUAAAUUUAUUAAUGCAAGUAAUCAAAAUCUCUAAUCAUAAAUUACAGAGAGCAUUUUCAAUCAUGGCUUAUAUUAAUAUUUUAAAGUAACUCAUACACAUAAAUGUGUUUUUCUUUUUACAAUGAAUAAUUAUAAAAGUUACUACUGUUUAUUUUGUAGCAGGCAUGUAAUUUUAUUUCGUUAAAGAUGAUAGAUUCAGUCGUUUCAUUCGAGGUAUUUUUUAUACGAAAAAAUGCAAAGCAUUAUAUGAGAACAUUAAUAAUGUAAAUAUCAAAAUUAUAAUUUCAUCUUUAUGUAAAAACGAAAUUUAAAAGAAAAAAGUAAAUUUUGGUGCCAAAUUUUGUACCGAAAAUACAAUACUUGCGGAGCACCGAACAUUUUUGACAGAUAACACAUUUCCUUUCUGUAAACCUGUUUCGUUAUUGGAUGCAGGUUUUACAGUGAUACUAUUUACGAAAUAAGACUCGCAUAGCGAAAGAUUAAAUUUUUAAUUUUUAGAAGGAGAUUAAGAUUGUAGACUAAUAUCGUCUCUACGAAAAAUCGAAUGCUUGUGUCAUUACUUUGUAAAAUACAAUUUUACGGUCUCAAAAUGUAAAUUAUUCAAUUUUCCAAUGUCAGAUUAAAAAGGUUAAAUUUUCUACAAUUUUCUACAAAUGUAAACCGAGACGAUAUUUCUAUCCUUGAAUACUAAAACAGGAAGCGUGAAAAAGUAAGCGGCUGGUAUGCCGAAUGUCACGCGUUUAAGCUGCUUUUCCAACUGUCCUCGAAUACUUUCAUAUUUACCUGAUUAACUUUGUAAUACA